CGGAAAUCUCCGCCAAGAAACCCCACGCCUUCGAAAUGCGAAUACUGAACUCCUACUCCUUCCCGCUGGGUAUCACCAAUGCAGCGCAGGCGGCGCUCACAGUUGUGGAUGCCAACAAACACCUCAACAUCUUCACCGCCCUACAUCCUGCCGAAAAAAUACUGGCCGCGUCCGUGAACGCUGAAAAACGAGCGGUAGAUGGCGGGGUGGGCAAACUCUCCGAACUGGACGGCCGGCUAGUCGCGAUUAAAGACAAUAUCGUGACGACGGACCUUCCAACCAGCUGCGGCAGCGAGAUGCUCCGAGAGUAUGUUUCGCCCUUUGAUGCGACUGUGGUGGCACGGCUAAGGAGUGCUGGCUGUACCAUCAUGGGAAAGACCAACAUGGAUGAGUUUGGCAUGGGAUCACACUCAACCUUUUCGAUUCAUGGUGCCGUUCAGAGGCCGCGAUACCCGUGGCGCGAGCCGCGCUCAGCUGGCGGGAGUUCUGGUGGUAGUGCAGCUGCCGUUGCCGCGGGGAUGUGUCAUGUCGCUCUAGGAACCGACACGGGGGGCUCUGUCCGAUUGCCUGCCUCUUACUGCGGCGUUGUAGGUUUUAAGCCUUCAUACGGUCUCCUCUCGCGAUGGGGUGUGGUUGCAUAUGCAAACUCGCUUGACACCGUUAGCAUACUGGCUCGAAACACGCUGGACGCGAAGAUCGUCUUCAAACUUCUAAACGCAUACGACCCUAACGAUCCCACCAGUGCCACCGUAGACACCCGCGAGCGCGUCGGCAAGAGCCUCGGCGCUCUCCACGAGAAAGCCCGGGUCCGGCGCUGCUUGCGCAUCGGAGUCCCGGCGGAAUACAAUGUGGCAGAGCUCUCUCCGCUCGUUCGGCGGUCAUGGGAGAAGACACUUCGUCUCCUUGCCCUGCGUGGCGCCGAAAUUGUGCCCGUAUCACUCCCCAACACCCGCGCCGCCCUCGCAGCAUACUACAUUCUCGCGCCUGCCGAGGCCUCCUCCAAUCUCGCACGCUACGACGGCUUGCGCUAUGGCCACCGUUCCUCCGCCGAUCGCUCAGAGGAAGACAACAUCCUCUUUGCGCCUACCCGUGCGGAGGGAUUCGGUCCAGAGGUAAGACGCAGAAUUCUCCUGGGCGCGUAUACGCUCUCCUCCGAGGCAAUCGGAAACUACUUUCUCAAGGCGCAGCGUGUGCGCCGACUAGUUCAGCGGGACUUCGACAAGGUUUUUGCGCAGCCCAACUUUCUGGUGCAGGCUGCAGACACCCAGGAGACUCCGGACGGCGUAGAUGCCAUCAUUGCCCCCGCCGCUCUUGGAGUCGCACCAAAACUCGCGGAUAUUGAGAAUCAGCGGCCCGUGGAGGCGUAUGCUAAUGAUGUGUUGACCGUGCCGGCAAGUCUCGCGGGAAUCCCGUGCAUCAGUGUUCCUGUCGGUGAGGAGGCGAACGAAGAGAACGAUGGUGAGGGUGGUAUGGUCGGUAUGCAGGUUAUGUGUCAGUGGGGCGAUGAAGAGAGGUUGUGGGAGGUUGCGCGCUUGAUUGAGAAUGACUCGGACGCUAAGAUUGGUAAGGGUGCGAGGGAUCUGGGGACUGUGUCGGUAGCCGCAGAAUAGGCGGAAAGAAUUGGGGAAUAGUCAAGCCACGCUGGGUAAUGGGUCAUAUCUCAUGUCGGUAAUAUGAUGACCGGACUUGUCGAUACCCGUUAAAUUCAAUCGGCCUUCAAUUAGGUUACCAGUUGCUUUUAGAGAGAAACUGAAAUCUUCCGAGUUGUCUGCCUGGAAUUGUUCCCCCGUUGUUCGAAGCAUGCCACGGUCCUCGAGUGUGCCGCACAUUAGGAA